UAGUUUUAUAAAAGAUUACUUGACUUUAAUAUUUUAUUGUGUUUUAUUGAUUUAUACACCGAACAUGCUCAGAAGUAGGUUUGAUUUUAGAGCUUAGAAACACUUUAAAUCGUGCGAUAACUGUUUCUGCAUUCGUCCAGUAUCGUUUAACGUUUAACUGAUAACUUAUGGAUAAGCUAUGGUUGUUUAGGGUGACUUUUUUAUUUUAUUUGUUUUAAGCCCCAACUCGCUGAUUUUCUCUGUGUGCGUGACAGCCAUGUCCACGCUUUUCCCCUCUCUGUUACCACGUAUAACGGAAUCACUGUGGUUUAACCUGGACCGACCAUGUGUGGACGAAGCGGAGCUGCACCAACAAGAGCAGCAGCACCAAACCUGGUUACAGAGCAUUGCAGAGAAAGACAACAACUUAAUGCCGAUUGGGAAACCUAUUUUUGAGGCAGGCUAUGAAGAGGAGGAAGAAGAGGAUGAUGAGGAUGAAGAAGACAGUGAGGAAGACUCAGAAGAUGAGGAAGACAUGCAGGAUAUGGAUGAGAUGAAUGACUACAAUGAGUCACCUGAUGAUGGCGAGAUUAACGAGGUGGAUAUGGAAGGGCCAGACCAAGAUCAAGAUCAGUGGAUGAUUUAAAACAAAAGACAAUGUUAGUGAGCCUAUUUGGCCCUGCGUUACUACUCCUUAUUUUUUUAAGUGACUGCUUCUCCUCCAGUCUGUGACACAAUCCAUUAUUUUUUAUGUAACUAGGAUCUGAAUGCAGUUAAAGGAGCAGUUUGCACUUUUUAAAAGAUUCAUGCCGCAGUUCAUCAGCCAUGAAAGCGCCAACUGUUGUUGAACAGUACUGUGAGUGUCCUUACCUGCCACACCUCUAUGUACUUGUAUGAGGGAUGUGAGGAUACUGUCAUAAGUGUACAUUUAAACUCAUGUGCACACACUUCUUACAUUUAAUUGUGUAAAUCUGCUGGAUACGAUUUUAAUGAAAUGAUUCAGCCAAAGCACCUCCAAGCCUGUCUGGUGCUAUAAAUCAAAUUCUCAAGCACAGAGCUGUGGUUUACAACCACAGAGUGGUGGCUGCAUGCUUUGAUCCAGUGAUCUCUUGUUAAAACUUGAACCUUGUCAUAUUGUCAGUCAUGUGCUACUAAGAGUUUCCAAACAGCUGAUUGGACACUAACAUCAAUUCAGUCAGCAAAAUAAUUAGUUACAGAUGAAAACGUCAUAUACUUUAAACCUAUACUUCACCUCUGUUUCGUUGAGUGCCUAAUAUGCUGCUGACCUUUUGUUACAUACUUCUACAGUAAAAUAUUUAUAAAACCUUGUGAAAGGACAUCAUGUUCAAGCAGUUAAAGCACAUUUAGAUAGUUUAGGCUUCCAAUAAAAACUUUAAUGUGUCCAUCUCCGUUAUCUAAUUUUACACCACAAUGCCACAUAAAAGCUUUUGAGAAUUUCUUCCUGGAAUAACAGUCCUUGGAAUUUAAAUUAAAUUAUUUUGAUGGAGCCAAUUUUUAUGUAUUUUUAUUUUUUAAUAAAAAAACUAAAAAUGUAUUAUACCAAUUAGCAUUGUAAGUUAGAUUUAUGCUGACUCAUAGUUAAUACUUACGAAUGCCCAUGUAUAUUUGGUUGUAAUAAAAUUUUAAACAUUA